AUGCAAGAUAAGAGGGACAUUGCUAUUGAAAUGGAAAUGAUGAUAGAAAGCACGGAACAUUUAACUAAUUUAAAGGGGGAUUCACAUAAGGAUUAAAUAACUGAUUUGGACGGGGAGAACUAAAGCAUGAAUCGAAAAGCGAGUUAGAUGGACUUGGAGUUCUAGAAGCUUUUGUGUUCAUUGAUCGAGUCUAAAUUAAGUGAGAAUACAAUUUCAUAAGUAAAUGCUUCUAUCUAUUCGUAGGUUCUUGACUUGUUAAAAAGAUUAACUGGUUCUCUGAUAAUGGAGAUUCCCAAAGGACCUUAGAUUGUUUAAAGCCUUUACUUAAUCAUAUUAGUAAGAAAAUCAACAAUCAAAAGAAAUUUUCCCUUCUGUCCAUUGUCGAGAGUGAUGGCGAGGUUAAAAAAGUUAAUAAAGAGAGUGAAUAAGUUGUUGUUGAGGAGGUUGAAUUGGUUUGAAAAAUCGAAGGGUAUCGAAAUAAAAAAGGAAUCAGCAUUUCAUUUGUACAAAUCUGAAUGCAGGAGAACGGAUGAUCAACCUGAGUCGUUGACAAGGCAGCUAUCGUUUGAAUAAUACAAGGAACCUAUCUAUAGACAAAUCACAAUAAUAUAGGGAUCAGGAUUAAUCAAAAUAUGA